AGAAUGAAAAAAGAAAAUAAUUCAGUGCAUCACAGCAAAUUAGAUAUUGCAGAAUACAUUUUCAGUAAACAUGAAAAUGCAGCUCUUGGGUUAGAGUUUGCAUUUCAAGUAUAGCCAUUGUAAAUGAUUUGAACAGACAGCUCUAGUCUGAAAAUUUUCCAGGAAGCCCAAUUUCUCCCUCAGCUGGGCCCCCUCCACUCCCCUACUUAAGGUAAAAUAGCCUGCAUGCGUCACGCUUCCGUCUUGCGGUCAACUUGUAAACUGCAUUAGUUGGGCCACUAUAACAACCUGGGUACUUCUCAGUUUUGCUGGGUCACGGUCUCUGUUCAGCAGAAGCAGCACCAUGACUCUCAGGAUCAUCAGCCUGGCCUGUCUUGGUGAGUCCUGGCAUGGGAGGAAGGGGAGGAAGCGCUACGGUGCAAACACCGGCCUCAGAAGCCAAGUCCUCUCUAACUGAGAGCCCUGCAUCCAUGGGGUGAGGUGGCCUUGAUGGCUGAGCUCAUCUUCAGCCAAGCACGGCACUAGCUGAUGAGGCUCACGGGGCCAGGCGGAACCAGGAGAGGGAGGCCAGGUCUUGCAUGGACAUGUGUUGCCCAUCGUGAGUGUUUUUUUCCAGGGUUCUUCUUGAUUCAGAGGAUCUGGGCACAAGAAGGUGGUCAGGACAAGUCCUACCUGUCUGCCUGGCCGAGCCCUGUGGUUUCUCAAGGACAGCAUGUGACUCUUCAGUGUCACUCGCAUCUCAGAUUUGACAAGUUCAGGCUGUACAAGGAUGACGGAGCCCAUGUCCCUGAGCUCCAGAACGUCAUAUUUCGGAGCAGCUUCCUCAUGGGUCCUGUGACCGCAGCACACGCGGGGACCUACAGGUGUCAUGGUUAUCACAGGGACUCCCCCUCUGCGUGGUCGACACCCAGCGACCCCCUGGAGAUUGUGGUCACAGGUCUAUACCAGAAACCUUCUCUCUCAGCCCAGGGGGGCCCCUGGGUGAGGUCAGGAGAGAACGUGACCUUGUCCUGCAGCUCCGAGAGUUCCUUCGACAUGUACCAUCUGCUCAGGGAAAGAAAGAACUAUGGAUGGUGGCUCACUGGAGCACAGAGCCACAGCGGUGUGGCCCAGGCAGACUUCUAUCUGGGUCCUGGGACCCCAGCCCAUAGCGGGAUCUACAGGUGCUACGGCUCCUUCAAUCACUCUCCCUACAGGUGGUCAGACGUGAGUGACCCACUGUCCCUUUCUGUCAUAGGAAACUCUUCAAGCCAUCAGCCUCUGCACCCAAGGCCAGGCUCCAGCACUGAUAACCCCAGCCACCUGCAUGGUCUGGCUGGGUCUUCGGGGGCCAUCAUAUGCUUUGUCAUCCUUCUUUUCAUCCUCAUCCAUUGCUGGCACCAUGCCAAAAAGAAUGGUGCCAAAAUGGACAGGGAGCCUGAGGUGGACAGAACGGUGAAUACGGAGGACCCUGAAGGGGAAGAGCCCAGGGAGGUGACAUACACAGAGGUGGAUCACUGGAUUUUCACACAGAAAAAAAUCACUCCCGCUUCCCAGAGCCCCAAGGAACCCUCGACUGAUACCAGCGUGUACAUGGAUCUCGCAACCUGCUAAGACCAGAUCAAGGCUUGAAUUCUAUCCCCCAACUCACAGAGGAAGACCCUGAGAUCUUCCGUGGAUGCCAUAGGUCUUUCUCCAACCCAGCCUGACAGCUGCAUUGUCACAACAGCUGGAAUCUGAAGACACAAGUCUUCACCUCCAGAGUCCUCCACCUUCAUCAUAGGGCCAUGUCUAAAGCCUCAGGAGCCCUCGGAAAGCCCCCGGCCAUUCUCGAAUGUUCUUAUGAUGAUUCAGUUGUUUCCAGUAUUAUCAACAAAAUCAUCUAAGAGUUCUAGAAAUUCAGCCUGUAUCAGCCCCCUCCCUCUGACAUUCUACUGGUAAGAUUCUAGAAAUUAUGACAUAUUUAAUCAAAGAAUUAAUGCCUCCAAAAGGUUUGUGUAGAGACACAGCACAUUCUAAGUCUUCAAGCAAAUAUUCGUGGUGAAAAAUCACAUUCUCAUGGAUCUUGGUCUAGUGGGAGAUGCUAAUUGAAUACUAUCUGUGAGAGAAAAGGCAAUGCAGAGACUCCCUCCUUGCAUGAUCUUUGGCCAAUUUUGCUUAUGCCAAUUUGCUCCAGAAAUUUCUAUACAACAUGAAUCUGAGCAUGGCUCUUUAGUGCUUAUAACUUUCUAUGGUCUUCCUUACCGACAGGAGAGAAAUCAAAUGCCCGUGCUUAGCCCACCAUCCGCUAUUUCACUUGACCCCUGCCCACCUUGACAUCAUAGCCACCUGUGCUUUCUCAUUCCUAGUUUAAGCUGCACCCUGCUGGGUCACUCAAAAUCCAUAAAUAUAAGAAGCUCACUCUUUUAAUCUCUCAAACCCAGCUUAAGGUCCUUGGUGUCGAUAAAUAUCUUAAAGUCGGAGUUAAUGUCCCAACUUGAACUCUAAAAUUCAUGUCCCAGCGUGAACUCUAGAGGCCCAGAAGUGAAUUCAUUUUCGAUGUCUUUUUUUCUUUUUUUCUUUUCUAGGGCCACACCUGUGGCAUAUGGAGGUUCCCAGGCUAGGGGUCGAAUCGGAGCUGUAGCCGC